UGUUUAUAAACCAGCCAUUAGUUUCGUUAGGAUAGACGCCAUUUUGCAGAUAGUUUCGCAGAGCGUGGCGUUGGCUAAGCGUUUGCUGUCAAUUAAACUUAAUUCGUGAUUCCUUCUAACUUGUAAAUCAACACUAAGAAACCACUACAGAAAUGUCGAAUGGAAGUGGAGACCAUGAUGAUGAAGGCUAUGUUGUUAAACUACGUGGACUUCCAUGGUCUACUACUGUUGAUGAAAUCAUGAAAUUCUUUAGUGACUGUUCUAUUACAAAUGGUAAAAAUGGUGUACAUAUGACAAUGUCAAGGGAAGGCCGUCCAAGUGGAGAGGCUUAUGUAGAAAUGGACACACUUGAAGAUAUUGAAAAAGCUUGUAAAAGAGAUAGGGAUCACAUGGGUCAUCGUUAUAUAGAAGUCUUUAAAGCAAAAAGAGGUGAAAUGGAGUGGGUAGUCAAGAGAAGCGGUAUGAACCUAGAGAAUGCCAUGGAUGAUGGUUGCGUGAGACUACGUGGUCUACCAUUUGGCUGUUCCAAAGAAGAAAUUGCUCAGUUCUUCUCAGGGUUGGAGAUAUUGCCGAACGGGAUUUCACUACCGACAGACUACACGGGCCGCAGUACUGGGGAGGCUUACGUUCAAUUUGUUAACAAAGAUGUUGCGGAGCGCGCUCUGCAGAAACACAAGGAAAAGAUAGGACACAGAUACAUCGAAAUCUUCCGAAGCAGUUUGUCCGAAGUACGUGCUAGCAUUGGACCGAAAAUGCGAGGUGGGCCAAUGGGUGGUUUCAAUCAGAGACCAGCACCCUAUGACCGAGGCUCUCGUUUCGGAGGGAUGAAUCGUUUUAGCAAUAAUAGCAGAGGUUCUAGAAAUAGAGACUUUGAUGGUGGUCCAUGGGGAAGUGGUAAUAACUUCGAUUCACGCGGAGGAAGCAUGGGUAUGAGAGGUGGUUUGGACAUGAAAGGUGGGAACUUCAGAGGCAGCGGUGAUACAUGGGGUGGUAAUUCCGGUAUUCAUAGUAUACACAUGCGUGGAUUACCAUUUAAAGCCACUGAACAAGAUAUAGCUGAUUUCUUCAGACCUAUUGAACCGGUAAAUGUUCGAAUUAUUCUUGAAAAUGGUGGACGUCCUUCUGGAGAAGCAGAUGUAGAGUUUGCAACUCAUGAGGAGGCUGUUAAAGCCAUGUCUAAGGACAAAAGCCAUAUGUCUCAUAGGUAUAUUGAAUUAUUCCUAAAUUCAACUGGUGGUUCAAGUGGAAUGUCUUUGGGUGGUAUUGGAAAUUUCUGUGGAGGUUUGGGUAAUAACUUCAGGCCUGGAUAUUCUCCAAACAGAGGCUUCAGCUCUCAACUAGGAGGAAGUAAUUAUAAUAGUUUUUGAGGUCGGAUGUCGCGUUUCUUGCGCUAUCGACGAUAAAAUAUUUCUUAAAUCAAAGAUUUAUUGAAUUAUAAUUAUAUCACAGUGAAAUUUCAUUUUCAUAUUACGUUCAGUUAAAGGUUAAUUACUGUUUCACUGUUUUUCGUAUUACAUACGAAAUCAUUAAAUAGAAUUAAUAAAGUUUGUUUUAGUUUAUAUUAUACUAAUAUAAAAUCGACAAAUAUUAAUUAGUUUAAUAUUAUUUUAAGGGAUGAAUUUUGUUGAUCGGAAUUUAUUAUAAUUCUGUUUAAUCUUCAUUCGUUUUUGAGGUAAAAUAUUAAGCAUUAUAUUAUAAACCCUUUUAUCAAAUUAUUGAUGUAAUACGUAUCUCAAUUAUAAUGAUCAUAAAAGACAAAUUAUAUUUUUCAUAUAUAAUUAGUAUAAUUUCAUUGAAUCGUAAAAAUCUAAGUCACAAAAGUAUAACUUUUUUUCCUUUUUUUCGUUAUAGUAUCAUUUUGAUGCAUUGUACAUCCACCAUUUCAUUAAAACCUCACAAAAGUGUUCCAAAUUCUAAUAUUAGAGAAUAAGCAUAUUUAUAAAUUAUAUAACAGCUUCGACAUCAUGUUAUUUGUCAAAGUUAGAAAUGUCAAAGUUUGCAAUCGUACAAGGAUAGUUAGUUUAUAUCAAAACACAAACAGUUCAACAAUUACGAUUCAUAUUGUAAUAUAUUUAUCAAAUAGUAAUUCACAGUUACAUACAGUAUAAUAGUUUAUGUUAACCCUGUCGAAUAUUAAAUAAUACGUGAAAUUCUUCGACUAUGAACUCAUGUUUAAUGAUAUAUACACGAUAUUAUUAAAAAAACUGAGAGUAUGUUAAAUAAUUCAAUGUGUAUUAAUACUUCGUCUGCCACGUUAGUCAUAUAUCACCAGCCACGGUUUCUCUUGUGACGCCACAGUGAUCAUUGGUGACCGGAGCGCUUGAACAUUUUACAAUUGUAAAAAUUUAACCAAAAUUGACAGUUAGGGCAUUUUGAAUAUAACCGAUAAAUAAAAGAUACUUUGAAAUAAAAAGUACCCCAUUGAACAAUUAAACAUUUUUAUUAGAACAUUAAUAAAAAAAAAAAUUGAGAACAAAUCUUGCAUCUAAGUGUGAACAUACCUUACUAUUAUAUAUAGAAUGUGUAAAUACUGUUUACUAAAUCUUCUACACGUUUCAACAAUACAUUUUGGACGAAAUAAACGAAGCCUUGUUAUAAUAUGUCGCUAUCAACUGUUACCAAGCCGCCACGGUGGUCACCCGUGACCACAAAUAAGAUAAACGGUCCAUUGGGGAAGAAUGUUUACUUACAUCGUCAAUUCAUUAUUAUUUUGCCAUUAUAUGCUUUGAAUAAUAAAAAUACUCCUGUGGUCCUAAGCGAAACAUGUGAUUUCGGCGUGGCAGUCAAAGUGUUAAAUGCUACUAGGCUCUACUCCAUUUUUGGCAUUUAUAAAGAUUAUAAUUGCUUUUGAGUCAAUUUUACUUGUAGUAUGUGUAGCUCUACAAGUUUACAUGAGAGAUGUUAACAUGAAGAAAAAAAAGAAAAAAUAUUACAAAAA